AUGAAGCGAAUUUCCAGACUGAAAAAGUUAUUGGUAGUGCUAUGCCUUUUACUUUUUCUCUGUUUGGUGAUUAUUUUUAUAGCUGACAUUGACACAGAUGGUACUCGAAGUGCUACCAUCGAGAAUAUACAUGAUAAUUCCACAGUUAGUCCCGAUGAAUUUAAGAGGAAAUAUUCUGAAGAUUUAUUAGAAGUUCAACCCUACAAUGGAUACAGGUAUGUUUUUUCAACUUAUUAUUUUAACGCUUCAUCAAAAUUCUAUAAACAUCGAGAAACUCCUUCGGUGGAAUGGGUUCUUGUGUUCAUAUCUUCACUUCGUACAGUGACGUAUCUACGGGCAGAAGAUCCUUCCGUACCAGUUGAAUUCCGUAAUACAAAGUUGAUAUUCUUUAUUGAUGCAAUAACCUUUUUAUCCUUAUGGCAAGAAGAAAGUAUUAGAAAAUGGUCUAUCGAAGGUUUUUUACACUGGAUUAUAGUUUCUCACUCAGCGAACUCUUUCAUUCGCAAAGACACUAACAAUAUUCCAGAGGUGGUUUACGAGGUUUGGACUCCUGAGUUUUUAAAAAAGAAAUGGGCAAGUAAAAUACGAAAUGGCGCAAAUAAUUUCCGGUUUGCUCUUUAUUAUGAAUGGCUUCAACGCUACAGUCGUUUUCAAGAGGAAAGGUUACAUGGUAAUUUUUCUUCCAUGAUGCAUAAUUCUCUUUUUGUUAUAUGUGAUAGCUCUGAUGUUGUUUUUCAAAGGGAUCCAUUCGCACAAGAUGGUGGGUGUUUUCCUUUAGAAUCUGAACCGUUUGUAGUUUUUACACUUGAAAGUAUGAAAAAAUCUUUUGGAAAUGAAAAAUACAACCGACGUUGGAUGUCAUGCUAUGGUAACUCAGUAUUGAGUCGUUUGGGAAAAGCAGAGAUUUCUUGUGCUGGUGUGAUAUUAGGGAACGCAAUGGGAAUAUUGCGCUAUCUUAUCUCAUUAUUGCAAGAAAUAGAGAAUCCACAUCUUCUUAAAUGUUCCAUGUCCCUUAAUGUGGCUCUUGAUCAGGCAAAUCAUAAUUAUAUUCUACAUAUUAAACAUGAAAAUUAUUCUUACAAAAAGUUAAAGUAUCCUCAAGAAAAGAAAAACUGUGUAUUUCAUGGGAAUUACGGAGAUUUGGCUUUAAAUGAAGAGAAUUCUGUCGUUAUUCCAAGGACAAAUCUAACGUACGCUAUCGUUCACCAAUAUACGUCAGGUCGACAUCCCAGGAUAAUGAAACAUAUGAGGGCUCUUUACGGAUCGAAAAAAUGA